AAUUAAUCUCUACGCUUCUCUCUCUGCAAUUACUCCUGGAGAGCAUCCCUCUCUAGGAUAUUGAGUAUUGCUGACUUGAGCGUUGGAGUGUUUUCUCCGAGGAAACAACCUCGGGAUUUUCAGAGGGAUGCCGCGUGUUUCUGCUCCUGCUCCUCCCCGAUGCUCUGCCCCCCGACCCUCUGCACCCGAGAAGCCCCCCAACUACCGCCACCCAUUUUUCCGGCCAGAAAUCCGACAAAGCUUGGGGAUUUCUCCCUAUUUUCUUGUCUUAGAACACCUGUUGAACCCAGAAAAUCUUAGAUCUGCGUCUUCCUCCCUCUGCUGUCCGUCGGCUGCUAUGUGGGUGUGAGGUUUUUGGGCUUUUUCUGGUAAGAUUUAGCCAUGAAUCCCUCUCUUUAACUUUGAUUUAGGUUGGGUUUGGUUUAAUUGCUUUUGUUCCUUCCAAUUUUUGGGUAGCCGCGAGUUCCCCUGCAGAAUUUCUUCUUCUCUGCCGUCGGCUUCACCCCCCCCCCUGCUAGGCUCGGUUUUGCUUGCUAAAUUCUGGUAAGUAGCCAUCUUUUCCAAGCUUAAAAUGACCCAUUUAAUGGCUGGGUUUUGUCUAUUAGUUGAUGCUCUGUGUUGUCCGAAUCUGCUGGAAUAGGGGAUGAAUUUGGCAGCCCUUUUAAAUGUGUUUUUGUGCUUGAUUUAUGUAGAAUUAGCUUAAUUUGGCUGCUGUGAAUUUUAUAAAGAAAACCCCGUGAUUAGCUAGUGUUUUGGCUAAUGUUUGGAAGUGGCAGUACUGUUCACGUCGUGAGCACUGUUCACGGGUACUGUUCACUGGGUACUGUUCACACACCGAGGGUUAACGAUUAACGGGAUUUAAAGGUUUAGUUUGUGAUAUAAGAAUGAAAUUGGAGAUGUUCA